GCGGCGGCGAAGCAAAAUGGCGGCCGCUUGAAAAGGCGAGGGAAGGCAGGAAGGACGCUCCCCUCAGCGGGGAACCCGGCGGGGCGGAUGAGGCGGCCGGGGCGGGAGGCUCCUCCCCUCCCCUCCCCUGCCCUGCCUCCGCCUCCCGCCGCGGAGACUCUUGUGAAGACCUGGACACUUGAAUUAUCCAGAUACACAAAUUGAAUUGUAGAGAUUUCUUCCAGCUCGUAUAAAUGAAGUUAUUCUAACUCUCCAUGUUGGUUAAAUGAGGAAUUAUUUUAUACCUUUGAAUCACUCCCGGUUUCUCAAGGAUGGAUAUUUGUGUUCUUGUGCAGAGUGCAAAGAGUAGUUGAUCAUUCUUAUGGUCUUGGAAGGCUCACAAAAACAAUUAGGGAGGGACUCUAUGGCUAACCCUUUGCCACAGGAAAUUAUUGGUCAACCAUGGUAAAACUUGCCAACCCACUUUAUACAGAGUGGAUUCUUGAAGCUAUACAGAAAGUUAAAAGGCAAAAGCAGAGGCCAUCUGAAGAGAGAAUUUGUCACGCGGUGUGUGCAUCCCAUGGUUUAGACAAAAAGACCGUUUCAGAACAGCUGGAAUUAAGUGUCCAAGAUGGUUCUGUUCUCAAAGUUACCAACAAAGGCCUUGCAUCGUACAAAGAUCCAGAUAAUCCUGGGCGUUUUUCAUCCCUUAAACCUGGUGAGCUACCUAAACCAACUAAAGGGUCUAGAGGAGCUUGUAAUGAACUUCGGAAUGUGGAUUGGAAUAAACUCCUGCGGAGAGGAAUUGAAGGGCUUCAGGAACCAAACGGCUCUUCUCUCAGAAACAUUGAAAAAUAUCUGAGAAGUCAACAUGACCUCACGAGUAUUUUCAAUAACCCCGUGUUUCAGCGGCGAUUACGAUUGGGGGCCAAACGAGCUGUAAACAAUGGGAGAUUAUUGAAAGAUGGACCUCAUUAUAGGGUGAACUAUGGUGGUCUGGAAGGCAAAGGAGCAUCAAAAUAUUCUGCUUUUCCUGCAUCUCUCCCACCUGUCAGUCUUUUGCCCCAUGAAAAAGACCAGCCACGAGCAGAUCCCAUUCCAAUAUGUAGUUUCUGUUUGGGGACAAAGGAAUCAAACCGUGAGAAAAAGCCAGAAGAACUCCUCUCCUGUGCUGAUUGUGGCAGUAGUGGACAUCCGUCAUGUUUGAAAUUUUGUCUGGAGUUGACAACAAAUGUGAAGGCCUUAAGAUGGCAGUGUAUUGAAUGCAAGACAUGCAGUGCCUGUAGAAUCCAAGGCAAAAAUGCGGAUAACAUGCUGUUUUGUGAUUCUUGCGACCGAGGAUUCCACAUGGAAUGCUGUGACCCGCCUCUCUCCCGAAUGCCAAAAGGUAUGUGGAUUUGCCAGGUCUGCAGACCAAAGAAAAAAGGAAGAAAGUUACUUCAUGAAAAAGCCACACAGAUAAGGCGGCGAUACACAAAGCCUAUUGGACGACCAAAAAACAAACUAAAGCAACGAAUGUUGUCUGUAACCAGUGAUGAAGGAUCCAUGAAUGCAUUCACAGGAAGGGGGUCACCUGGUAGGGGUCAAAAGACUAAAGUCUGUACCACACCUUCAUCUGGUCAUGCUGCAUCUGUGAAGGAUUCAAGCAGCAGAUUGGCUGUUACAGACCCCACCCAGCCUGGUGCCACCUCCACCUCCUCCACCACCACCUCCAAAAUCACCACCACCACCUCCACCUACAUACCUGCCUCUACACUUAACGUUAACAAGAAAACCAAAGGGCUCAUUGACGGCCUUACUAAGUUUUUCACCCCGUCACCCGAUGGUCGCAGAUCACGAGGUGAAAUAAUAGACUUUUCAGAGCAUUAUCGUCCAAGGAAACUGGCCUCUGAGAAACAGUCAUGUCCUUCUCAUGUGUUGGCUACAGGUACCACACAAAAGCUAAAACCUUCUUCACUUCUGCCCCCAACCCCCGUCUCUGGUCAGAGCCCCGGUUCACAAAAAUCCGGCACUCCCGUCUCUUCUAACUCUCCCCAAAGCUCUUCCAGUCAGUCGAGUGCACCCUCCUUUAGCAGCCUUCCCAAUAACAGUCAGCUGAAGGGACUUUUCGAUGGACUCUCUCAUAUUUAUACCACUCAGGGACAGUCUCGCCAAAAGGGGCACCCAAGUUACGCACCACCCAAGCGUUUGCGUCGCAAAGCAGCGUUCUCUUCCACGUCCAAGUCUAAUGCUGCUUUCUAUGGAAGGAGAGAUAUUAGAAGUAGGUUUCUUUCUCAUUCCUCCGCCUCUGGAUGGGGUAUGUCUAGAGGACGUGCUUUUAAAGCCAUUGCUCACUUCAAGCAAACGACUUUCCUUAAAAAGCGCAGGAUUCUAGGCAGAUUAAAGUAUAAAGUGACCCCUCAGGUGGGGGCCCCCUCACCAGGGAAGGGGAACUUGGCAGACGGAAGGAUUAAACCUGAUCAGGAUGAUGGUACUGAAAUCAAAAUAAGCAUCAAACAAGAAAACACGGAUUUAUUUCUGGUGGGAACCAAGGACUUUGUUACGGAAGAAGAUCUGGAAAUGUUUAAGCAGGCUCGAGAUCUGGCCAUGGAGAAGAUCGGAUGUAAAAAUGGCGGUGAAACAAAUGGCCGGUACCCUUCAGUGAUCGAAUUUGGAAAAUAUGAAAUCCAAACCUGGUACUCCUCCCCUUACCCGCAGGAGUACUCCAAACUCUCAAAGCUUUUCCUGUGUGAAUUCUGUCUUAAAUACAUGAAAAGUAAAAAUAUUUUGUUGAGACACUCAAAGAAGUGUGACUGGUUCCACCCUCCGGCCAAUGAAAUCUACAGAAGGAAAGACCUUUCGGUGUUUGAGGUUGAUGGAAACAUGAGCAAAAUUUAUUGCCAAAAUCUUUGCCUGUUAGCAAAACUCUUUCUGGACCACAAAACCUUAUAUUAUGAUGUUGAGCCAUUCCUUUUCUACGUCCUCACCAAGAAUGACGAGAAAGGCUGCCACUUGGUUGGAUACUUCUCUAAGGAAAAGCUCUGCCAGCAGAAGUACAACGUCUCCUGCAUCAUGAUCAUGCCCCAGUACCAGAGGCAAGGGUUCGGAAGGCUCCUCAUUGACUUCAGUUACUUGCUUUCUAGAAGAGAGGGACAAGCAGGGUCCCCUGAAAAGCCGCUGUCUGACCUGGGCCGCGUGUCCUACUUGGCCUACUGGAAAAGCGUUGUGUUGGAGUACCUUUAUGACCACCACGAGAAACAGAUCAGCAUCAAGGGGAUGAGCCGGGCCACCGGGAUGUGUCCCCAUGACAUUGCCACCACCCUGCAGCAGCACAGCAUGAUAGACAGGCGAGAAGAAAAAUUUGUACUGAUUAGAAGGGAGAAGCUGAUUUCAAGUCAUAUGGAGAGACUGAAAACCAACCCCCGCAUCAAUGAAGUAGAUCCAGAAAGCUUGAGGUGGACUCCCAUCUUAGUCCCUAAUAUAGCCGUUUCUGAGGAAGAGAGAGAAGCCGAAAAAGAGGCAGAGCGGCUGAUGGAACAAGCGAGCUGCUGGGAGAAGGAAGAGCAAGAGGUGUUGUCCACGAGAGCAAACAGCAGGCCGUCACCCGCAAAAGUGCAGUCUAAGAACAAGUAUUUGCGGCCUCCAGAGAAUGUGACGGUCUUGGCAGAGCGAGGGCAGCCCACAGACCCACCAAAGGAGAGCAGCGAGGAAGAGGAGAAGGAAGAUGACGAGGGCGAGGAGGAGGAAGAGGAGGAGGACGAGGAGAAGGAUGGAGACGGGCAUCAUCCAGGCUCUCCUCCCCGACUGGCAAAACCCCAGUUGCUCACUGUAAAGAGAAAGAGACCUUUCGUGUUGAAGAAGAAAAGGGGUCGCAAGCGCAGGAGGAUCAACAGCAGCGUCACCACGGAGACCAUUUCUGAAACCACCGAAGUGCUGAACGAGCCCUUUGAGAACUCGGAGGAAGACCAGCCGAUGCCGCAGCUGGAGCCCCCCUGUGAGAUGGACGGGGAGGAGGAGGAGGACUUGAAACCGGGGGCUCUCCAAGCAUUCCAGCCUCCACCUGGCGAGAAAGGGGAGAAUGAGGAAGAGGAACCUGAAAGAGACAAUCAGUGCUACCAAAAUGACGUCCAUUGCAGAGUUAAUGCGGAGGAGCACGCAGCCAUUCUGGAAGAUGAUGGUAAAGACAAUCCAGAACCCGUCAUAUGUAAACAGGAAUGGCCCAAAGGAGCGAAACGAUGUCCGUCCAAAUGGAGGCAAAGCAAAGAGAGGAAAACGGGCUUUAAGCUUAAUUUGUAUACCCCACCUGAGACUCCUAUGGAGCCCGACUAUCAAGCGAUGGGAGAUGAAUCAAAAGAAACAGCGGAAAAGAACUCAUCUCAAGUUCCUGUCGUUAUGGAUGAAAUGAAAGACCCUGAAACCCUUCUGCCACCUGACAAUGAAGCAAGAGAGCCAGUUUCGGAGUGCUCAGAGCAACCCAAGGGGACAUUUGAAAAAACAGAAAAUGAGGCAACAAAAGUAGAAGAAGCAGCAGCAGAAGAAAAGAAUGUUGUGGAAGAGGUGGAAAAUGCCAAGAGUCCAGAGAAAGACCAAGAAGAGGAAACAGAGGUGGGGAAAGACCAACCUGAGCAGCUGGAAGAGCAGGAGGAGGAAGAGGAGGAGGAGGAGGAAGACCAGUCUCACAACGAGGAUCACGAUGCUGACGACGAAGAUGAGAGCCACAUGGGUUCAACGGAGGCGGAGAAGGAGACCGUGGCAGAAGAUGCUCUCAAAGAAGCAGCUGAGAACGGGGAGCCUUUUUUAGAGCCAAAUGAACAGAGCGGCAGUUCGGACCAGGAGAACUUAAUGGACUGCCAGGUCGACCUGGCCAUCGAUGAAUGUGAGAGUGACCCUAAAGAGGCUUCCGCCGUUCCAGAGCCCGUGUCUGAGUCAGCUGAAGGAAACCCAGAGAAUCACGCCCCAAAGGACAGUGCCCAGUCUAAUUCUGUGUUCAAAGACGAAAGCGCGGAAACCAUGGAAAUAGACUCUGAGACGGCGCAGGCGGUGAAGUCUCUGACGCAAGAGGCAGCCGAACAAGAAGACGUGUUCCAGGACUGCGCGGAGACACAAGAGGCUUGUCGGAGCCUGCAGACGUACAGCAGUACUGACCAAAGCCCCCCGAUGGUCCCCCUGGAGGACUGCCAGCAGUCCGGCCACAGCAGUCCCGUCUCCUCCGUCCACUCUCACCCCAGCCAGUCCGUUCGCUCCGUGAACAGUCCAAAUGUGCCUCCCCUGGAAAACAGCUAUGCUCAAAUCAGCCCCGAUCAAAGUGCCAUCUCUGUGCCCUCUUUACAGAACAUGGAAACCAGCCCCAUGAUGGACGUCCCCUCCGUUUCAGACCAUUCGCAGCAGGUAGUGGACAGCGGCUUCAGCGACCUGGGCAGCAUCGAGAGCACGACGGAGAACUACGAGAACCCGAGCAGCUACGACUCCACCCUGGGCAACGGCAUCUGUGGGAACAGCUCCUCCCAAAACAGCUGCUCCUACAGCAACCUCACAUCCAGCAACAUGACGCAGAGCAGCUGCGCGGUCACCCAGCAGAUGUCCAGCAUGAACGGGAGCUGCAGCAUGAUGCAGACCGCCAGCAUCAACUCCCCGCCCCCUUGCAACGUGAAGUCUCCCCAAGGCUGCGUGGUGGAGCGGCCCCCCAGCAGCAGCCAGCAGCAGCUCCCACCGUGCAGCAUGGCGGCCAACUUCAGCCCGCCUAUGCAGCUGAGCGAAAUCCCCGAGACGGGCGGGAACAGCGGCGGUGGCAGCAACGUUGGCUUGUACGAAAGGAUGGGCCAGGGUGAGUUUGCGGCGGGGCACUACCCGCAGCCCUCCGCCACCUUUAGCCUCGCCAAGCUGCAGCAGUUGACCAACACGCUGAUGGACCAUUCCUUGCCUUACAGCCAUUCGGCUGCUGUCACUUCCUAUGCAAACAGUGCCUCUCUGCCGGCCCCUCUAAGCGGCACGGGACUGGUGCAGCUCUCGCAGCCCCCUCAUUCGGUUCCGGGGGGCACCCAAGUCCAGGCAACGAUGACCCCGCCCCCCAACCUCACUCCUCCCCCCAUGAACUUGCCGCCACCCCUUUUGCAGCGUAACAUGGCCGCUUCCAAUAUCGGCCUCUCCCACGCCCAGAGGCUGCAGACUCAGAUGCCUGGCAAGGGCCACGUCUCGGUGAGGACUAAGUCGGCAGCUCUGCCCCCGGCUGCGGCCGCCCACCAGCCGCAGAUUUACGGGCGUGCCUCGCAGGCCGUGGCCAUGCAAGGGCCAGCGCGCACCUUAACCAUGCAGCGUGGCAUGAACAUGAGCGUGAACUUAAUGCCGGCCCCAGCGUACAAUGUGAACUCUGUGAACAUGAAUAUGAACACCCUGAAUGCGAUGAAUGGGUACAGUAUGUCCCAGCCCAUGAUGAACGGUGGCUACCACGCAAAUCAUGGGUACAUGAAUCAAACGGCCCAGUACCCCAUGCAGAUGCAAAUGGGUAUGAUGGGGAGCCAGCCGUACGCGCAGCAGUCCAUGCAGACGACGCCCCACAGCAACAUGAUGUACACCCCUCCUGCACAUCAUGGCUACAUGAAUGCGGGCAUGUCCAAGCAGUCCCUGAAUGGCUCUUAUAUGCGCAGGUAGAUGGGUGGGGCGGAGGACGUACCGAACUGGCGUGCGAGAGUUUGACCUGCACAAAAAAUUAUGUGGCAAGGAUGAUUUCAAAACCAGCAACUGGUGUGAACGCAAAAACAUUCGUUGGCACCACGAAAAACUGUAUGCAGCGGAAAGCCUUAUAUAAAUGUGCUCUCAUUGCUUUAUUUUUUAUUUUUUUUAUUUGUUUGCAAUUUUUGUUCCUUAUAUGGCGAGUUCUGCGGAGAGGCGGAGCCCGUUCGUUGUACUGCAAAGACGCAAAACAAGCUGAUGGUUCACAGCCAUUUUUUAUGUGCCUGCUCCCAUUUGAAAUGUGGAUCCUAGUUUCGGGGUAAAUCUGAUGUCGUGCUGAACCCGUGAGCUUCUCUCCCAUCCCGUCCUGUCCUUCCCUCUCCAUCCCCUCUGCCCUGUAAAUGCUUUUUGGCAUUGCCUUCAUGGUCUGUUUUGUUCCUCAAGGUGACACUUUUUCGCAUGCCGCUAAUGUCUUUGUUAGUGACAGUGCGUUUUGUAGUACUGUACAAGUGUUGUGCUUAACAGUAAGCCAUUUCUUAAUUUGGGGAUUUGGGUUUUUUUGUUGCCUUGAUUAGGUUACCCCAAUUUGGGGGGGGGGGGGGUCUAAAAUUAUAUUUUUGUUAAUUAUAUUAAAAAUCUUGUAAAAAUGAGAGAGAAAGAGAGAAGCUGUUAAAGCUAUUCAGAUUUUGGUUAGUUCAAAAUUGUGGGAUACGGUCCACCAGGAAGUUCCAUUUUUCCUUUGCAAUUUCCAGCCCUUUCCCCCCGUGGAGCAGGGGCAGGACAACAUCCCGGAGGAUUGCACUCUCUGGCUGCUCUUUCUCUUCUGGGCGCAGGUUUGUCUUUCCAGAGGAGGGGGGAAGGCCACUUCCUGUUUCCUUUCCGAUGCAGACCCACGAUUGAAGCAUAUCUGCAUUUAUCAAGGUUUUGGAACAUUUUCAUAUAUGUCUGGACACUUGGCCGGACUUUUUAAAGAAAAAAAAAAAGAUAGUGAGUUUGGUGUAAAGUUGCUAUUUUAUGGAAAUGCCUCUAACUUUACAUUUUCAUUCCAUCUGUAGAUUUUUCUAUCUUUAUAAAAUAUCGGAGUUAUUUUUUAAGAGAAAUAAAUAGAGCCCUUAGGGUGUGAAUAGCUCUCGACUGAAGCUUAACAGAGCGCAUGUAAAAAAAGCAGAAAAGUAUUUGUUGUCUGUUCAUACGGCUUCCUUCUUUUGUAGCCUUUGUACCUGUACAGAGUGACUGUAAGGGCCGAAAAGUGGCUUGAUUCAUGUAUAAAAAUAGACCCAAGUGACGCUCUUGUAUUUAUCUGUUACCUUUUUAGUCAGUCACUUAAAACACAUACACACACACACACAAGACAAGCUGUACAUUUUAACAUAAAAUAAAUUAUGAUGAGCCAU